AUGGCAAGACUGGUUCUGCUGUUCCUCCUUGCCGCAUCCGCUGUCGGGGACUUGGAAGGACAGAUGUCCGACUUCCGCAAUGACGAUCCGUCUGAGAGAAGGUGUGGCCCCUCUUUCUGUUUCGACCGGCAGACAGCAAAUUGCUUCCAGAAGCUGCCGGCUGAAGUUUGCAUGAAGGCCGUAUACAUGUGCGUUAGGUACAUGUUCACCGACACUACCUCACAGGAGUUCUGUGAGAAAGAGCGAAAAAGUGGAAACUCCGCCGUGAUUGACGCCCUGGCCGCAUCGGACUCCGAGACGGAGAAGAUGCAGCCGUUGCCCUUGCUGGAGGCAAUCUGGUUGAUGUCGCUCAUUCUUUUCGGUGUGGGCAUCAUCGUCAAGCAUGUUUUGGCUCAGCAGAAGAAGGAGAUUGCUGGACAGAUGUCCGACUUCCGCAAUGACGAUCCGUCUGAGAGAAGGUACAUGUUCACCGACACUACCUCACAGGAGUUCUGUGAGAAAGAGCGAAAAAGUGGAAACUCCGCCGUGAUUGACGCCCUGGCCGCAUCGGACUCCGAGACGGAGAAGAUGCAGCCGUUGCCCUUGCUGGAGGCAAUCUGGUUGAUGUCGCUCAUUCUUUUCGGUGUGGGCAUCAUCGUCAAGCAUGUUUUGGCUCAGCAGAAGAAGGAGAUUGCUGGACUGAACAUGCCACUGUUAUGCGAUGUGGUGUAA